GCGUGGCUCGUCGCUUAGCUAAAAUGUACAGAUACGUAGAACGUAGCUAGUAUUAUCAGUAGUACAUUAUAGCAUAGAUUAUAGUAGCCAUAGAUUAGUAGUUUAUCUCUGGUUUAGCUGAGUAGUGAUGGCGCAGGCCGUGGAAGAGCUCAUGAAACAAGAGUCCUCACAGAUUAUUGUCAGGAGGCAACGAACAACCGAUUCUGAAGUCAGUGAUAGCUCUGCAGGUGGUACAGGUACAGGCUGGAGCCCCAUGGCCAGCACUACCAAAUUCAACAUGCUUGAUAUUCCAUGGUUUCAUCCUAACUUGAUAAGACAUCACGCCGAGGCUGAGCUGGGAAAUUCAGAAGAGGGUGUGUAUCUACUCCGUCCCAAAAUGAAGGGUGGUCAAGUGGUGGAGGGGUACUCACUCGAUAUAAGAUCUGCACAUUCUGUGAAACACUUCAGAAUAAAUGUACAUAAAGGAAGCCUCGUUUUUGGACAAGAAACUUUCUCUGACCUCGAAUCAUUUCUCCAGCACUUUAGGAAUUACCCUCUUAUUGGGGACGAAACAGGACAUCUUAUUGUUUUCAAACACCCGUAUCCGAGAGACGUAGAUGAGAUGCAUGAUUAUAGUAACGUUACAGAGCAUUUCAUUCCAGAGAGAAGAAUCAGCGAAGAAAUAGCUGCUAAUACAGAAGCUAAAACAUACUCGUUAGUGUCAAAAGAAGGCUACCUAGUCAAGUUGGGAAAUGUUGUUAAGACUUGGAAACGAAGAUGGUUUGUUCUGAAGAAUGAAGAGCUUCGAUACUUUUCUAGAGACAGUGAUAAACAACCGAUUCGGGUCAUCAACCUUCGAGAAGUUACUGAAGUGAAGGCGUGCGACUUACAUCCCAUUCAUAGGAAAACAAAUGCAUUCAGAUUGGUCCUUCCUUCUCGAACGUUCUUCAUUCAAGCACCUAAUCCCACUGUCAGAGACGAGUGGAUACAUGUGCUCGACUUUAAACUGAAUGAGCUACAAGAAGCCAGGAAAAGAAGUUCUACUGAUACGACCGAGAAACAAGUAUUACAAGGAUCAACCCCAAAUUAGUAAUAACUCAAACAACAGUUGAUUUUUAUUCCUGACAGUGCAUGUCUGAUCUAUAAUUAAUUGUAUGUGUGUGUCCAUCAAGAUUAAUAUUCGAUUAACAGA